CGAUAUUAUACGGCAAAAUAACUGGCUGUGCUGGUCACACCUUUUGCACACGUUUUCAUCUGUGAGUGCGAUUUGCAUGAGGAGCUGAAAAACUUAGCUAUAAACACGAAUACGCAGCAUGCCGGAACAGGAACAGCUAAACAGCACCGAUUCGCCAGCCGGUGAUGGUGGCCCACCAAAGACGGCCAAACAAUUGGAAAAGGAGGCAAAGAAAGCUGAGAAACUGGCUAAAUUACAGGCCAAGUUGGAUAAAAAGGCUUCAGCAGCACCAGCGGCAGGAGAAAAGAAGGAAAAAGCCGAGAAACGCACCAAAGAAGUCAAAGAAUCAGCAGUUUAUACGGCCAGCACAGCUCCUGGCGAAAAGAAGGAUAUCAGCGGAGCACUUCCCGAUGCAUAUAGUCCACGCUAUGUGGAGGCCCAGUGGUACAGCUGGUGGGAGAAGCAGGGGUUCUUCACACCCGAAUAUGGCCGCGAUUCUAUUGAUGCACCUAAUCCGAAUGGGAAAUUCAUCAUGGUCAUACCGCCUCCGAAUGUUACGGGCUCCCUUCAUUUGGGUCAUGCCUUGACCAAUGCCAUUGAGGAUGCCAUCACGCGCUAUCACCGCAUGAAGGGACGAACGACACUGUGGGUGCCGGGCUGUGACCAUGCGGGCAUAGCCACGCAGGUGGUCGUUGAGAAGCUACUUUGGCGGGAAGAAGGCUUGUCACGGCACGAUCUGGGGCGUGAAAAAUUCAUUGAGCGCAUAUGGGACUGGAGACGUGAGAAGGGCGGUCGCAUCUAUGAUCAACUGAAGGCUUUGGGUUCCUCCUACGAUUGGACUCGCGUAAACUUUACCAUGGACCCGAAGCUGUGUCGCGCCGUUACGGAGGCUUUUGUGCGUCUGCACGAACAGGGAGCCGUUUAUCGUAGCUCCCGCUUGGUGAACUGGUCGUGCUCACUGCGCUCCGCCAUCUCAGAUAUUGAAGUGGACAAAGUGGAGCUGCCCGGCCGUACAUUCCUAAGUAUCCCGGGCUACGACGAGAAGGUAGAGUUCGGCGUGCUCAUCAAGUUCGCCUACAAGGUGGAGGGCAGCGACGAGGAGAUCAUUGUUGCCACCACUCGCAUCGAGACCAUGCUGGGUGAUACGGCUGUUGCAGUGCAUCCACAGGACGAACGCUACAAGCAUUUGAUUGGCAAGCAUGUGGUGCAUCCGUUCUGCGAUCGCCGCCUGCCCAUUGUCAGCGAUGAGUUUGUGGACAUGAGCUUUGGCACGGGCGCCGUUAAGAUAACUCCCGCCCACGACCCCAAUGACUACGAGGUGGGCAAACGCUGCAAUCUGCCCUUCAUUACCAUAUUCAAUGAUGACGGCUUUAUCAUUGGCGACUAUGGCGAGUUCACGGGACUUAAGCGUUUCGAUUGCCGAAAACGGCUGCUGGAAAAGCUUAAGCAAUUGGGACUCUACCGCGAAACACUGAAUAAUGCCAUGGUUGUGCCCAUUUGCAGUCGUUCCAAGGAUGUGGUGGAGCCACUCAUCAAGCCGCAAUGGUAUGUCAGCUGUGCGGAUAUGGCUGCCGCUGCUACGGAAUCAGUGCGGUCUGGUGAGCUAAAGAUUUUGCCGGAGCAUCACACCAAGACCUGGUAUCAUUGGAUGGAUGGCAUACGGGACUGGUGUGUUUCGCGGCAGCUGUGGUGGGGUCAUCGCAUACCCGCCUACCAUGUGAGCUUUAAUGAUGCCAGUAUUAAAGCCAACACGGUGAGCAUUAAACUUAUUUUAUUCGCAUCUCAAAAUAAACAUGUUCUCAAUUUCUCUAUACAGCCCGAUGAUGAACAGUAUUGGAUCGUGGCACGUAGUGAAGAGGAGGCCUUGAGCAAGGCGGCCACACGCUUUGGCGUGGAUGCCAGCAAAAUUGUGUUGCAGCAGGAUGAGGAUGUGCUGGACACCUGGUUCAGUUCCGGUCUGUUUCCGUUCUCCGUGUUCGGCUGGCCGGAUAACACAGUUGAUUUGCAGACGUUCUAUCCCACGUCCCUAUUGGAGACAGGACACGACAUUCUUUUCUUCUGGGUGGCGCGCAUGGUCUUCUUCGGCCAGAAAUUGAUGGGAAAGUUGCCCUUCAAGGAGGUAUAUUUGCAUCCAAUGGUGCGUGAUGCUCACGGACGCAAAAUGUCCAAAUCGCUGGGCAAUGUUAUCGAUCCCAUGGAUGUGAUUCAUGGUAUUUCAUUGGAGGGCCUGCACAAGCAACUCAUUGGCUCCAACUUGGAUCCGCGUGAGAUUGAGAAAGCCAAACUGGGUCAGAAACAGGACUAUCCACAGGGUAUACCCGAGUGCGGUUCGGAUGCACUGCGCUUUGCGCUGUGUGCCUACAUCACGCAAGCUCGUGAUAUUAAUCUGGAUAUUAAUCGCGUGCAGGGCUAUCGAUUCUUCUGCAACAAGCUUUGGAAUGCCACGAAAUUCGCCCUUCUUUACUUCACCGGCGAUGAGCUCUACAACACCCAGGUGACAGUCUCAAAUCAAUCGAAUCAAAUGGACACCUGGAUUCUGUCCCGAUUGGCGGCCACUAUUGAGGCAUGCAAUGCUGGAUUUGAUUCCUACGAUUUCGCGGCCGUAACCAGUGCCUGCUAUGCGUUCUGGCUGUACGAUGUGUGUGAUGUGUAUUUGGAGUGCCUGAAGCCCAUCUUCCAGAGCGGUAAUGCCGAGCAGCAGGCUGCAGCUAGGCGCACAUUAUAUGUGUGCCUGGACUAUGGCUUACGUCUGCUCUCGCCUUUCAUGCCCUUCAUUACCGAGGAGCUGUUUCAGCGUCUGCCACGGGCAGACAGCACGCCCAGCAUUUGCGUAGCCAGUUAUCCAACGAAUACCAGCUGGCGCAACCCUCAGGUCGAAUCGGAUGUGGAAUUCGUACAGAAGGCAGCGCGUGUGAUACGCUCCGCUCGAUCCGACUACAAUUUGCCCAACAAGACCAAGACGGAAGCCUAUAUCGUGUGCACAGAUCCAGCGCCCAAUGCGAUACUCAAGCGUUAUGCCAGCGACUUGGCCACUAUUGCGUACUGCUCCACUGUCGCAUUCGAUACUGCACCGCCCGCUGGCUGCGCCAUACUCACCAUCUCGGGACAGUGUGAAGUGCAUUUACUGCUCAAGGGCCUGAUCGAGGCGGACAAGGAGAUUGCCAAGCUGCAGAAGAAACGCGAUCAACUGGAACAGACCGUCAGCAAACUCAGCCAAGCGAUUCAGGCCUCCGACUACGCCACCAAGGUACCUGCCGAGGUGCAAGCGGCCAAUGAUACGAAGCUAACCGAAUCCCGUACUGAAAUCGAACGCAUUGCUGCUGCCAUCGAGACGCUAAAGCUAAUGUGAAUCAACUAAUCCUUGGGUGCACAGUC